AGCGACCUCUACUCACAGAACAUAAGCCUCUACUUUUGACAUUUGUUUUGACAGACGUGGCCGGUCAAAAUCCUUGUCUUACGUGGUUCAUGACGUAUUUUUAUUUAUAAAUCCGUUAGUCACCGACAUUUUCACGACACUACGAUAAGAUUGUCAGUUUAUUAAUAGAAAAUUUCAUCAGGGGGUUUUUAGUUGUUUUAGUUUGAGUAUAAACGCAAUCGGUUUAAUUUUAUUGUGUUAAUUUGUCAAAUUUUCGUUCCUUUUUUACAAUGAGUUUACAGUGGACUUUGAUAGCUACGUUUUUGUACGUCGAAAUUGGGGUGGUUUUGCUUUUGGUACUACCCGUCGCAAACCCAAAAAGAUGGAACAGCUUUUUCAAAUCGAAAUUUUUGCAAGGGCUUCAACGACAGGCAGGAAUUUAUUUCUUGAUUUUGCUCGCUAUACUCGUCCUAUUCUUGCUUGAUGCCAUCAGAGAGAUGAGAAAGUAUGCUAACCCAGAAGAAGUUCAUGGUCACGAUCAAUUGGACAAGCAAAUGCAGGAAAGCAUGAGACUGUUUAGAGCACAGAGGAACUUCUACAUCUCAGGUUUUGCCCUAUUCUUAUCCUUGGUGAUCAGGCGUUUAGUUAUCUUGAUUUCUGCUCAAGCAAACCUAUUGGCACAAGCAGAGGCCUCCAUGAGACAAGCACAAAGCGCCACAACCGCCGCUAAAGGUCUAUUGGCGCAAAAAGGAGAAAUCGAUCAAAACGCCACCAACGAAAACCGCGACAAGGAGGUUUCAAUUUUAAAAUCAAAGGUUGAAGAUUUGGAGGAAGAACUCAAGGUUGCCAAAAAAGACAAAACAGCCAUCAAGACCCAAGCUGACAAUUUGGCUAAAGAAUAUGACAGGUUGGCAGAAGAAAACAUAAAAUUGCAAAAGAAAAUUACUGUUGGAGGUGGUGAUAAAAAAGAUGAAUAAAUUGUUAAGUAUUUUAAUAAGGCUGAGAAUUAAUAUGUUUAUUUAUUAGAUGUGGUGUUGAGAAAUAUAUAACCAAUAUGUUAUUAUAAUUACAUUUAAUGUCAAUAGUUAUUCCAAGCUAGAGCACUUCCAUGUUCAUUUUUUCAUAUUUUAUAAUAAAUCACUUUAAAUGUAAUUAAAGUUGGUAUUUAUAGUAUUUAGGCUCUGCUAUUGGUACUUACAAAUUAUCAAUAACUUCUUCUACUCUUUUGUUAUUAUGUUAUUAAAUUAUUAACUUAAUAAAACUUUUUUAUUA